UCCAUCGACCCAGGCACUUCCGGCGCGACCGGCUGAGUAUUGUCACCCUCCCAGCGGCCGCUGAACCUUGCUAACUACCAAGCGCCUGCUGCUUCUCCCGCGGCCACGCCAUGGAGCGUCUUGAUAAAGUGGCGCUGAAUGCGCUGCAUCCUCCAGAGUUCAGAAAUGAAAACUCUUUAGCUUCAACCCUGAAGACACUCCUCUUCUUCACAGCUUUAAUGAUCACACUUCCUAUUGGGUUGUAUUUUACAACGAAAUCCUAUAUUUUCGAAGGUGCCUUUGGAAUGUCCAAUAGAGACAGCUACUUUUAUGCUGCAAUUGUUGCUGUUGUUGCUGUUCAUGUGGUUCUGGCCCUGUUUGUCUAUGUGGCCUGGAAUGAAGGGUCACGACAGUGGCGUGAAGGCAAACAGGAUUAAAGUGAACAUCACCUUUUGAUAGCAUGAAACUUAUUUUUGAAUAUGUUAAAUACUUCUGGGAUAUUGAUAAUAAAUACAUUUUGUUUGAAUAAAGUUGAAAUAACAUAUUAAAAUCAGUCUUAAGGAGUCAGUCUCAUUUGGCUAACUUUUGACCCAUCAAAUAAUAUGGUCACUUUGCACUUUUAAUCUCCAUUUGCAAAUGAAAAUUUGUAAAAGUUAAAUACGUACAAAUGUAUAUGUUAAAUGAGUUAUAUGUUAAAUGAAGAAUUUAAUUAUCUUACAACAAAAAAAUUAUAGCAAUUUGGCUUAUGCUUGCUUUUUAGUUGUAUUUAUUUGGGUUUACUAAGAAACAGUGAAGCUAUUCUAAAUUUCCUUUUUUACUAGAGGACUUUUCUGGAAAAUAGUAGGCCCUUGGAUUUGAGAUUCUAAAAAGUUACUUAAAUUGUAGGCAUUUUAGUUAAUCUGAAUGUCACUGAGGAAAGAUAACUCUUACAUUCCAUUAUUUAAUGGGGAAAGGCACUAAAAUCACACCUAUUUAUACAAACGGAUUUAGGACUACCUAUGGCAAAGAAUUAAGCUGACUGCCAGCAUUGUGAUUAUCAUAGUAACGUGCCCUCCUUUUGCCUUGAAAUUAGGCUUCAUUUAUGAAGUUUAUUGAAAUAUUGUUUAAUGUAUUGUCCUGCUUUAAAAUGAAUAGUGUGUGAUAAACAUUAGAAUGCCAAAAUAUUUAAAAAAAAUCCAAAAUAUUCAGCAUUCACACACUCAGAGUGUAUUCAGUCUUGAAACAUCACAUUUCUAAAUAAGAUUUUCUUGGAGUUUUUUUGUCUGUUAAUCCGUUUUUUGUUUGUUUGUUUUAAUGAGAGCUAAAUUACAUCCUGUAUUUAUAGAUAAUCCUCGAAGUCUUUUUUAAUGAGAACACCCCUGCCCCAGAAGAAAAAGCCCUGUUACCUCGCUUCAGUACCUUCAGACAGACCAUGUGGUACUAUGUAUGUAUAAUCUAAAACUACUGUCUCCAAAUAUUUAUUUCUUGUUAAAAGACUGUAAUAUAUAUUCUGUAAAACACUGGAAAAAUACAUGUAAAAAAGUAAAAAUUGGCCCAUAAUGUUCCUCUCUUCAGGUUAUCAGUAAUUUAGUUCACAACCCCUGUCCCAUUUUGAAAGAUACUUCUUAAUGGUGAUUGCACAUACACUACAACCUUGGUUUAAGAUUAGAUCUUGCCAAUUUCACCAAAGAUCUGUUUGCAGUUUUUCAGAUGUGUGAUAAUUGCCUAUUGUCUUACAAAGCACAUACUAUCUUUAUUCUAAAAUUUACAUUUCAGUGUUUUUACCAUAAAGAAAUAAAAAUUUGAGAUGAUAACCCAA